UGGAUGGAUGGAGUAGAGGUCGCCACGAGAGACCGGAGGGAACCGGAAUGCGUGUUUGAAUGGGGUCUAGACUGCGGGCGCUCCGGAGUCGCAAGUUUUCUCCCAUUCAUCGGGCGGUUUCAGGUGCGGAAGGACUGAGACAGCUCUCGCGCGCGCCGUCGUUUGAAACUCGCGGAAGGACAAGAACCUCGCGCGAUGCGUGCUCUAGUGUCGAAGAAGUGCUGCUGGUGCUGAAAAAGAAAUAUUAGUUGGAAAAGGAGGAAUUUUUUUUGUUAAAAAAAAUUUAUUUUAUAAUGUGUGCCUGAAGUGAUAUGGGGUGCUAAGAUGCCUUUCGUACAGAGAGUGAUAGAGCCGAAGUACCUGAGCAGGACGAGCCUGUUCGACGCCGAUGGCAAACCGCUCGUGGACGACGGAGAGCUCGAAGCUGUGACCAACAACACCUUGAGCAAUGCCCUCAGACAGCUCGCUUCUUUGGUCCUCGUCGCCAACGACAUCUUCAACGAUCUAGGUGGACAGCUGAAGGGCAUCACCGAACGGUCGCAGAGGCUCGGCGCGAAGCUGUCCAACGUCGAGAAGAAGGUCGCCGAUUUCGAUCCCAAGAAAGUCGCAGUCCCCGAAAGUGACAUAGCAAGUUUCGCACUGCUGAAGGAUCAUUUCGCAGCGAAGCAUGACUACGACACGAAUCUCUUCGCGCCGUCAACGCGUCCCGACGCCGUGCGGGCGCUUUACGAGGCGGCGGCGAAGACGCCGAUUCACCUGAUGAGGCAGAUGGACAGGUGGCGUCGUGACGGUCAUCGUUCAUCGAGGUUCUUCAUGUGCACGCCGGUGCUGGGCGCCAAACGGAGGAAGAUCCGGAACCGAGUCGACAUCGACAUCGAAACCAGGAUGCCAGCUGUGAUCGAGGAUCUAAGAAGAUGGACCUCCACCGAAGCCCUUGGAGACGUGACCGUCGCUGCGGACGGUCCCAGGAUGUUAUCCACUACCACCGUUCUGGAUGGUGACCUGACUGAUGGGACGAUGGUCUCUGAUGACGAGGCCAUCGAUCACAAGCUCCCCUCGCCCGAAGAGCAACUACAAGUCGUAGCUUUAAAAUUCCCUGCUGAAAUAGUGGCUGUGGAUAUAACUGGAAAGAGUUUCGACCGGAUGUCCGGGCAGAGGAGGUCUCUGCUUCACGGGGAUUUGGAAAAGGAUAACGAAGAUGGCAGCACGAUACGGAGAAGGACGAGAAAUCGGAAGCCGCGCAACAGGAGGCGUAAUACGUUGGCGGGAACGGACCAGAAGGAAAUCAGGGAUGCGUUGAUCACCGGAGGGGAGGAGCAGACUUCUGCUGCUCCAGCUGAAGAACAGGAACAGGCAGUGAUCGUGUCGCGAUCAAAAAGCAGCGAUCUGCUGCGGAGUAGCAAGAAAGAAUCGCCGGAAUGCAAGAAGUCUCAUUUCAAUAGCAUCAAGGAAUGGGGCAAGAAUCGCCUGAAGAUGAUUGGUAGUAGUGGUUCGAAGUCUAACGAUGGAGGCAACAAGAGCAGUAAUGAUUUGGAAGAUGUUAAUAUAUACGAGACUGUGACGGUGCGAAGGAAGCGAAGCGUCGAUAAGGAGAGGAAAACGCUGCAUGAGAGAAAGCCUUCGUGUUCUUCGUCGGAAAAGUCCAGCAUUAACAUACCAAUAAAUACGCCUUUAACGGCCGCAAUGAAUAUCGCGUCCGUGCGUCUGCGGGACAGCUCAGCCCAGAGACGGUUGAGGAGGUCGGGCGAGAACAAAGACGAGCCACACUCGUCCAGCGGAAACUGGAGUGCCAGCUCGGAAAGCGGAAGAGCGUCUAUCGGGUCAGAGAUCACGACGGCGACCACGCAACCUAAAUCCACACCCUCCGCGACAACCUCCAAUAACUCUCUCAGCCAGCACGCUCCGAGCUCCGUGUGCAGUAGAAGGAGGUUCAACAACACCUCCACUUCUACCAGCGAGGGCACUUUAACGCCGGACAUCAUACACGACCUUCACGAGGACGGCGAGACCAGCUCGGUCUACUCCUGCGACACCGAAGGCUACUAUACAUCAUUCCAUAUGGACAGCGGCCUUAAGACGCUGAAGGAGGAGGACUCUCCCGCCACCCCAUUGCAUUCCACGACGGCUUUCUCGAAUUCCAGCUCGAACAAUACCGUAUUAAGCGCGGAGAACGAAUACGAGCUCUUCGGGAAAGGCUCGACUUCAACAACGACCAGCUCGGCCGGCACAGUAUGCACGACGCUCAGGGCGUCCGAGAGCAGUAGGUCUUUGAUCAUAGGUCCGGCCGUUCCGGAGCGCAAGAGCUCCCUCUCCAAACUAUCCGGCAAAGAUAAUUCGCCCGAAAGCUCUCUGGAAAGAGAUUACAGUAGCGACAAGACCGGCACCGUGAAGCGUAGCCCUGCCAACAAUAACAACAAGGCAACGGUCGUGGCUGUAAUCCAUAAGCAAACAAACGGAGACGUCUCUCCGGACAGCGGACACAACACAUCCAGUUCCCCCAUAGAGUCAAUCAGCAGUCCGAAUGGUAUGCGUAGCGGAUCGGAAUUCGAAUUUUCCGAAUCUUCUGACAUGGAGGGCGCGGAUCGGAUAGAAAGGAUCCGCGUAAAGACCACCAUCAACUCGAGCCGUAUCCCUUCCAUGUGCGUGAUCACGCCUUCGCAGAGCGACGACGAGAGCGUCAAGAGCCAAGACGUGACGCUGAUGAACAACAAUUUGGAUUGCCUCGGGUCAAAGAACGACACGAAGACGAAAUUGAACCUCCCGAUAAAGCCUUGCGAGAAUAAUAACAAUAAUUUGACGGUGCAGCUGAUCAACGUGAACCCGCAAACUGGUUACGCCACGAUCGAGACACAGGUGACGGAAGUGAAGAAAUCUGCUCAAUACAGAGCUCCAUCGCCGAGCGGUGGUUCGGUGACGAUCAAGGAGAAGUCUCCCGUCCAGCUGCAACCGAUCAUCAAAGCAACGCUCCUUCCUCUCAACAAUAUGUUCGGAAAAUUGAAAUUGAACUUCAGCAAUUUGGGUUCGAGGAGGGAAAGCAAGUCUCCUGUUAAGAACGCGGAUCAAGUGGACGCUGGUGAUUACGUGACUAUUGCCGAUGUGAAGAAUAACAACGAGAAGGUCAUCUACGCCAAUGAUGUAGUGAAUCGCAACUUGAAGACGGUGCUGUCGGGAAAAAUCAGGGAAACGGAAUACAUCUCGCUCAAUGAACUUCCUUGCAACGAUCCGGAAAACAAUCUGCAGAGCUCUUCAUCCGCGGACUCGCUGGAGAGGAAAAGGAAAGGAGCGCGCGUCACUCUGAACGCCGAAGGAAAAGUGGUGUACAGCUCGGAUAGCCUGAAGAGGCGGAAGGGCGCUCACACCACCUUCGAGCCCGGCCCUUGCGUGAAGCCGUCUCCUCCGGUGCAAAGCCCACUUCUGGGCCAUCGCACCCCGAAGACCAUACGUCCGGUGCCGGACUCUAAAGGUCACCGCAGUGGAGCGCCUCCGAUGGUUGACGAAAGCAGGCCUCUGUCGCCACAAUUAGGUAAAGUGGUAAUUAAAGCAUCGUCUGGAACGUCAGAAAUAGUUCGCAUGCCUCCUUCCACCAUAGUAUGUCCAAGACCGAUGUCCCCAAAGCCAAAUAACAGCGCGCGCGGCGCAUACGUCCACAUGCAAGAACCGCGCGGCGUCUCAUCCGUCGCCGCACCCGAUGAAGGACGAGCACUUUCACCGUCUAAUCGUCAACCAUCGAGGUAUCCACCGAUGCCGCCUGAAUACGGAUACGAUCCCAAUGCGCUAUCGAAAGAUUUUGAGAGGAACUGCACCACUUCUGCUGGCAUGAUGCGUCGCGGCGCCACCAACUACAGCACGAUGCCUGCAAGGAAGCCGCAGUACGAACAUCCCGACCGCUCGGUGACGCCUGACAUCAUGCGUGGUUUGGGCGUGAAGCAAUUGGGAACGAACAGCAUGGAUAGGAAGUACACGAGGAGACAGAUAUUCAACGAUCGGGAACCGCUCCAUCAGAACUUGGGUAUUCCCGUGCAGAUGCCCCAGGUGCAUGCUACGCAUUCGCCGAUGCGCUACAACCAUCAUCAAACCGACGUCUCCUUUAAGAUAUCUCCUAUUGAUCCGAGGAUAGCUCCGGGCGGGUUUCACUCGUCGACGCCUUCAAAAGGUCCUGAAUUGAGAGCAGCCGCCAACUUGGACCAUAUACUGCUCUCACCGAAGAAAUCCACGAUGAGCACGGACGAGUUGUACGCUGUGAUACACAAGAGCAAGAAGCGGAUGAAUAUUCAACCUGAAGAGGACCGCGGUUCCCCGAAUCUAUCCAACAGCAGUUUAUCCCCGGUCAGCUCGGAGAAUUCGCUCACCUCGAAAGUAGUUAAACCGGAAACAGGGUACUUGGACAAAUCGAAGUCGCGACUGAGUUGGUCCCCGAACAACGGGGAAUACAUGGACUUCAACACGAACAUAGAUCAAGUGCCACUGGAGAGCCGCUCUCGCCAAAGCUGGGCGUGCAGCGACAAAAAGGAAUCGUCCACCUCACGUCUAGACUUCAAAAAGUUGCUCCUCCAGCACGGUAAAACCAAGCUUCCCGCUAAGAAACUCUCCGCCGUCGAGCAACUACAACUCUCCAAACAACAGGUACAGCCUAAAGCUACGUCAGCUUCGACACAUGAAGUUAGCAUCCUAGAUUUAAGCCAAUCCCCGCGUAACAUGCGCAACAGAAAGUAUCAAACGCCGAACUCGCCGGAAAAAUCCCGACCCACGGCGAAGAUCCUUUCGCCUCGCUCCCAAUGGAGGUUCCCGAAUCCCCGGAGCGAUGUUCUCUCUUCGACAAUCCUCGAAGAUUGUCACGAAGACGAGAGCCCAAACUCUUCAGGGGAACGCAGGCAGUCCUCCUUGCACAGCAGCAGCGUCCGAAGGCAAACGCCGGAAAUCAGGAAGCAGCAACCACCGGAAAUCCGCAAGGAAAUACAGGAAACGGGAAUCCGGAAGCAAAUGCCGGAGACAACGAUGACCGCCAGCCAAAGACUGCAGGCGCAACGCGCCAGAUUCUUCAAUCAAACGCCGAACACGAGAGUCGUGCCACAGGCAGACAACAAGCCCACAUUAGAAACUUCCUUUUAAUUUAUUAUUGAUCAUCGUCUUUGUACAUAUGUUCUUAUUUAUUUCCAUCUAGUCUG